CAAGAAAGUGAACAUUUUACUAAACAAACAAAAAAACAAACCUUCUUGAUUCAGCUAUUGCCUCUUCAAGCAAUGGCAUUUCAUCGCGGCCAUUCCCUUUUCCUCUUCUUGCUCAUCACUCUGUCAUCUGUAACGAACCAUGCAGAGGCACGCCGUCUCCUGGAGUCGCCCGUGCCAGAGGUUCCCAAGCCCGAAAUCCCAUCUAUACCAAAGCCGGAACUACCUCCACUACCCAAGCCUGAGCUGCCACCGUUGCCUAAGCCCGAGAUUCCAACACUGCCAAAACCUGAAAUCCCAGUAUUGCCCAAGCCUGAGUUUCCAACACUGCCUAAACCAGAGGUACCUGUAUUACCAAAACCCGAGAUUCCAACACUACCCAAGCCAGAGGUACCUGUGUUGCCAAAGCCCGAAAUUCCAGCACUACCAAAACCUGAGAUACCGGCAUUGCCUAAGCCAACACUAGAAAAGGCUGAAACGCCAAAGCCUACUCUACCGGAAAUACCAAAGCCUCAAAUGCCAGAGCUACCAAAGCUCCCAGAAUUGCCAAAACCUGAGAUCCCGGCUGUCCCUAAGCCUGAGGUACCAACAGUGCCAAAACCCGAGGUCCCAACAUUGCCAAAACCUGAGAUCCCGGCUGUCCCUAAGCCUGAGGUACCAGCAUUGCCAAAACCCGAGGUCCCAACUUUGCCAAAACCUGAGAUCCCGGCUGUCCCUAAGCCUGAGGUACCAACAUUGCCAAAACCCGAGGUCCCAACUUCACCUAAGCCUGAGGUUCCAGCAGUGCCAAAACCUGAGAUCCCAACUUUACCUAAGCCUGAGGUUCCAACAGUGCCAAAACCUGAGGUCCCGACUUUGCCUAAGCCCGAGGUUCCAACAGUGCCAAAGCCUGAGGUCCCAACUUUGCCUAAGCCUGAGGUUCCAACAAAGCCAAAACCCGAGGUCCCGACUUUGCCUAAGCCUGAGGUUCCAACAAAGCCAAAACCCGAGGUCCCGACUUUGCCUAAGCCUGAGGUUCCAACACAACCAAAACCUGAGAUCCCGGCUUUGCCUAAGCCCGAGCUUCCAACAGUACCAAAACCAGAGGUACCGGCAUUGCCUAAGCCAACACUGGAAAAAGCUGAAACACCAAAACCUACUCUACCUGAAAUACCAAAGCCUCAAAUGCCAGAAUUGCCAAAACCUACACUGCCAGAGCUACCAAAGCUCCCUGAAUUACCAAAACCUGAGGUCCCGACUGUCCCUAAGCCAGAGCUACCAAAGCUCCCAGAAUUGCCAAAACCUGAGAUCCCGGCUGUCCCUAAGCCUGAGGUACCAACAGUGCCAAAACCUGAGGUCCCAACUUCGCCAAAACCUGAGAUUCCGACUGUCCCUAGGCCUGAGGUACCAACAUUGCCAAAACCUGAGAUUCCGGCUGACCCUAAGCCUGAGGUACCAACAUUGCCAAAACCUGAGGUCCCAACUUCACCUAAGCCCGAGGUUCCAACAGUGCCGAAACCUGAGGUACCGACUUUGCCUAAGCCUGAACUUCCAACACUACCCAAACCAGAGGUACCAACAUUGCCUAAGCCAACACUCGAAAAAGCUGAAACGCCAAAGCCUACCCUGCCUGAAAUACCAAAGCCUCAAAUGCCAGAAUUGCCAAAACCUACACUGCCAGAGUUACCAAAGCUCCCAGAAUUGCCGAAACCUCAACUGCCAGAGCUACCAAAGCUGCCAGAAUUGCCCAAACCUGAGCUUCCAGCUGUCCCUAAGCCCGAGGUUCCAACAUUGCCAAAACCCGAGGUCCCGACUUUGCCUAAGCCAGAGAUGCCAAAGUUGCCUGAACUUCCUAAGAUUCCAGAACUGCCUAAACCAACUUUGCCAGAAGGACCUAAAUCCCGUUGAUUUGCGUCGACAUAACAGCAUAUAAUCAAGAAUCAAGAUUAGGAGAUCGACCUUACUGUGGAAGAUGUAUAAUACUAGAAUGAUGGACUUAUAUAGUCGUUGCUGUCUUCUUUUCUUAUUGUUUUCCAAAUUUUCUUCUUCUUAUUAUAUGUAAGCUUACUUGUAUGUUCUGAGUGUUUGCAGUUUUUAAUUCUCUGUUGAUAUAUAUAUUCAUGAUUUAUUGAGGUUUUCAUUUAUGAUUA